AUGGGGCAAACUCAGAGUACCCCGCUCUCCCUUCUCCUGGCUAACUUUAAGGAUGUUCGGGCGAGAGGCAAUGACCUAAGCCUGGACAUCUGGAGGUCGAAACUUAUCACUUUCUGCCGCUCCGAAUGGCCAAGCUUCGGAGUAGGAUGGCCCACUCAAGGCACUUUUUGCCUUCCCGUAAUCCUUAGGGUUAAGGAUCAGGUAUAUCUCCCAGGUAAACAGGGACAUCCAGACCAAGUCCCUUACAUUACAGUUUGGCAGGAUCUUGUGGAAAAACCCCCGCCUUGGUUGACCCCCUUUCAGUUUUCUGAAAGCUGCAAGGUCCUCACAGCCAAACCGACAGAAGCACGAAGACCUCGGACCCCAUCUGCACCCUCUCCACCCGUCCUCCCUGAUAGUCAAGACUUACUUAGUCUAGAUCCGCCCCCUUAUCAAACCCCUCCUGCCGCCGCUGCGGCUAGGCCCGCCCCGGCCGAAGACGCCGUGCGGGGCGCUGAAGCAGAAGGUCGAGAAGUAAUUGUUACAGUCCCUGUCACUUAUGGAGGGACUGACGGCCCUGCUGGGCACACUAGGAGGCGUAAUCAGAGAGAAAAUCCGUUACGCCCGGCGGACUCAACUGUGGCUUUGCCCCUUAGAGAGAUUGGCCUCCCCGAUGAUACUGGUAAUCCCCGACUCCAAUAUUGGCCUUUCUCAACUAGCGAUCUCUAUAAUUGGAAGGCCCAAAACGCGCGAUUUUCAGAUAAUCCGAGAGAUCUCAUAGUUCUUCUAGAUAGCAUCAUGUUCACUCAUCAACCCACCUGGGAUGAUUGUCAGCAGCUCUUGCGUAUCCUAUUCACUACCGAAGAGAGAGAGAGAAUCCAGGUGGAAGCAAGGAAGCUGGUUCCUGGAGACGAUGGUAGACCAACCAUGAAUCCAGACCUCAUCAAUGCGAGUUUCCCUUUAACUAGGCCUAAUUGGGAUCACAACACGGCAGAAGGUAGGGGACGGCUGCUCAUUUAUCGCCAGACUCUAAUGGCGGGUCUCAGGGCUGCUGCUCGCAAGCGCACCAAUUUGGCCAAAGUGUAUGCAGUUUUGCAAGGUAAGACAGAGAGUCCAGCUGCAUUUUUAGAGAGAUUAAUGGAAGCCUUUAGGCAGUUUACCCCUAUGGAUCCUGAAGCCCCUGAAAAUCAGGCAGCAGUAGUUAUGUCUUUUGUAAACCAGGCAGCAUCAGAUAUUAAAAAGAAGUUGCAGAAAUUAGAGGACCUAGAGGGCAAACAGAUUCAGGACCUACUCCGCAUUGCACAACGGGUUUAUAAUGCCCGAGAUACUCCGGAGGAUAAACAACUCAAAGUAACAAGAGAAAUGUUCAAAGUUCUGGCUGCCUUUGUCCAGGAAGAAUCAACUCCCCGAGGGGAACCUCAAAAGGUCCGGAGGUUCCAAUACAAUCUGGACCCGGACCAAUGUGCAUUUUGUAAAGGAAAGGGACAUUGGGCACGUGAUUGCCCCAAGAAAAGGCGCAGAUCGCAACCAUGGGGAACGAAACCCAACCCCACUCUGGUUACCUGAGAUUCAGAAUAGAGGGGAAGGGGUUCGGACCCCCUCCCCGAGCCCAGGGUAACCCUACAAGUGGAGGGGAAUCCUAUAGAAUUUCUAGUUGACACCAGAGCUCAACAUUCAGUGUUGACCAGACCUCAUGGAGAAGUUUCAGAAAAAUUCUCCUGGGUCCAGGGAGCCACUGGAAUUAAAAGGUACCCUUGGACGACUCAACGGACUGUUAACCUAGGCACAGGAGAAGUAACUCAUUCGUUCUUCAUUAUCCCUGACAGCCCUUGCCCUUUGUUGGGGAGAGACUUACUCACCAAAAUGGGAGCGCACAUUUAUUUUCAACCAGGCGGCCCCACAGUAACUAGCUCUCAGACCUUGCCAUUACCUAUCCUCACAAUGUGUUUGGAGGAUGAACAUCUACUCCACCAAACCACCCCCACUUCCCAGGAACUCAACAUCGAGUCUUGGCUUCACCGAUUCCCUAAAGCCUGGGCAGAAACAGGAGGCAUGGGGCUGGCUAGGCAUCGGCCGGCCCUCUUCAUAGAGCUAAAGCCUGGGGCUGACCCUGUCCAAAUCAAACAAUAUCCCAUGCCGAUGGAAGCCAAAUCAGGCAUCACCCCACAUAUUAGGCGUCUCCUGGACUCAGGUGUGUUACGCCCUUGUCACUCGCCCUGGAACACACCUUUGUUACCGGUGCGUAAACCCAAUAGUGGGGACUACCGACCUGUACAAGACCUAAAGGAAGUUAAUAAAUGAGUUAUGGACAUACACCCUACUGUCCCUAACCCCUAUACUCUUCUCAGUGCACUGGGACCCACCAGAAUAUGGUACACAGUUCUUGACUUAAAGGAUGCUUUUUUUAGCUUACCCUUGGCCCCCAAGAGCCAGGAUCUUUUCGCCUUUGAAUGGACAGAUCCUGAGAGAGGUAUAAAUGGACAGUUGACAUGGACUCGCCUCCCACAAGGGUUCAAAAACUCACCCACCCUAUUUGAUGAGGCCCUCUAUGAGGAUUUAAGUGAAUAUAGAAAGCAGAACCCUGAUAUAACACUCUUGCAAUAUGUGGAUGAUCUCUUAAUAGCUGCAGAUUCUCGACAAGCCUGUCUACGAGGAACAGAAAACCUCCUCCAGACUCUCGGUGACCUGGGAUACUGGGCCUUGGCGAAAAAGGCCCAAAUCAAGUCUGAGGUAAUAUACUUAGGGUACUUGUUAAAAGGAGGGCAAAGAUGGCUCACCGAUGCCUGCAAGAACACUGUACUCUGCAUUCCUCGACCUGCUACACCGCGGCAGGUAAGAGAAUUCUUGGGGACGGCAGGGUACUGUCGAUUGUGGAUACCGGGCUUCGCCAAAAUGGCCAAACCCUUGUACGUAACCUCUAAAACUCAGCAGACCUUUGAAUGGACAGAAGAGGCAGAACGGGCUUUCCAACAGGUGAAAAAGGCCCUCCUCUCAGCCCCGGCGCUAAGACUGCCAGAUGUAACCAAACCAUUCCACCUAUACGUGGAUGAACAUAAUGGGGUGGCUAAGGCAGUGUUGACCCAACAACUAGGCCCCUGGCCUAGACCUAUAGCAUACCUAUCAAAGAAACUAGACCUGGUAGCAGCAGGAUGGCCUCCCUGCCUCCGAAUGAUAGCAGCCACUGCCUUGAUGGUAAAAGACGCUGAUAAACUGUCAUUGGGUCAGGAAUUACGAGUGACCACUCCACACGCCAUUGAAAGUGUCCUCAAACAGCCCUCUGACCGAUGGAUGAGCAAUGCUCGCAUGGUCCACUACCAAGGACUAUUGCUAAAUCCUACGAGAAUAGUCUAUACUUCCCCUCAGGCCUUAAACCCCGCUUCGCUACUGCCUGACCCAGACCUAGAUGCUCCUCUCCAUGACUGCAUUGACAUCUUAGCCCAGGUCCAUGGGCUACGAGAAGACCUACAGGAUUAUCCCCUAACAGACGCUGAAGCCGUUUGGUUCACUGAUGGCAGCAGUUUCAUCCGCGAAGGACAAAGGUAUGCGGGGGCCGCAGUCACAUCAGAGACAGAAAUUAUCUGGGCUAGUGCAUUGCCUCCGGGCACCUCAGCACAAAAAGCCGAGCUAAUCGCCCUGACACAGGCCCUCAAAUUAGGACAGGACCUCCGAGUGACUAUAUAUACAGACAGCCGGUAUGCCUUCGCCACUGCCCACAUCCAUGGUGCAAUCUAUAGGGAGAGGGGACUAUUCACCGCCGAAGGAAAGAACAUCAAAAACAAGGAUGAAAUUCUGGCCUUACUAGCAGCCAUCUGGGCCCCUAAAAAAUUGGCCAUAGUCCACUGUCCCGGACACCAAAAACCAAACGACCCAGUCUCUAGGGGAAACAACCUUGCUGAUCAGGCUGCUCGCCAAGUAGCCUGUAGCAAAGUCCCAACGCUAACCAUGCAACUACCUAACCCAGGACCCCGGGAACUACCACCUCACCCGGAAUAUUCCGAAAAAGACGUCGCAUGGAUAAGUAAACUCCCAAUGGCCCAGGUCUAGGAUGGCUGGUGGCGAGAUAUAGAAAAUAAUAUCAUCCUUCCCGAGGCCACGGGACAAGAAGUUCUAGAGCGAAUUCACCAAACAACUCAUUUAGGUUCCAGGCGGCUACAAGACCUUAUGCAACAAUCUAAACUAUCUAUCAGAAACAUCGUUGAAAAAUCAGAAAGAAUUGUCACCGGAUGUGCAGUUUGCCAACUUCAAAAUGCCUACCCACAUUCUUCUGUGACCAGAUCCCGAGAGAGGGGAACCCUACCGGGAGCCUAUUGGGAAAUAGACUUUACAGAGGUAAAGCCCAGGAAAUAUGGCUAUAAGUACUUACUGGUGUUUAUAGAUACCUUUUCAGGAUGGACUGAGGCAUUUCCAACCAAGCAUGAGACUGCGCAGGUCGUAGCAAACAAACUACUCGAAGAUAUUCUACCCAGGUAUGGUUUUCCUGUCAUGAUAGGAUCAGACAAUGGGCCAGCCUUUGUCUCUAAGGUAAGUCAGGGUCUGGCUUCCACACUUGGGGUUAAUUGGAAAUUACAUUGUGCAUAUAGACCCCAGAGUUCAGGACAAGUAGAGAGAAUGAACAGAACCUUAAAAGAGACCCUCGCUAAAUUGACCAUGGAGAUUGGCGCUAACUGGGUGGCUCUACUCCCCUACGCUCUGUAUCGAGUACGCAACACCUCAUAUAAGCUGGGGUUCACACCUUAUGAGAUUAUGUAUGGUAGGUCUCCCCCCAUCAUACCUAAACUCAGAACUGACCUUAUCCAGUCAGAUCAUGGUAACUCCUUUUUAUUCUCCCUCCAAGCUUUACAACGAGUCCAUAAACGUAUUUGGCCAAGACUGAGAGACUUAUAUGCAACGGAACUUCCGUCUGUGCCCCAUCGGUUCCACCCUGGAGACUGGGUCCUUGUCAAGCGACAUCGAGCUGAAACCCUCGAACCUCGUUGGAAGGGACCCUUCCAGGUAAUCCUGACGACCCCUACAGCCAUCAAGGUGGACAACAUAGCAACCUGGAUACACCACACUCACGUGAAGCCAGUGGACCCAUUGUCAGAUCUCAUCAGAAAACCCAACCAAGAUAUCAGUUGA